AUGUAUGUAUGUGCCAUACAGGAGGCCCCCAACCUGGGGCUGUCCGGCAAGCUGGCCGCAGAAACCAACAAGGUGGCUGGCGGUGUGGAGCUGAAGCACGUGCCGCCACCGGAGGCCCGACUCCCCGACAAGAGGUGGCGGCUGUACAUAUUCAAAAACGACCAGCUGCAGGACGAGCCGUACAGAAUCCACAGGUACGACAACGGGAUGAACCAUUACUUGUUCGGUCGGGAUCUGCAAGUGGCGGAUAUCAUCACCGCACAUCCCUCCUGCUCCAAACAACACGCGGUGCUGCAGUUUCGGCUAACAGAAAAAAAUGACGAGCUCGGGCGGCCAGUCAGUGCCGUACGUCCGUACCUUUUGGAUCUUGGAAGCGUCAACGGAACCUUCUUAAACGGCGAGCGGCUCGAGCCCCUUCGGUACUACGAACUGCUGGAGAAGGACGUCGUACGGCUGGGGCAGAGCUCCAGGGAGUACGUCCUUCUGCAUGACAAGUCCGGAGACGAGUAG